UUGAAUGUUGAUUUUGAAUUGACAGUGUGAUAGAUGAGUUGUCAAAGUUCAUCCUCGAGCAGAAAAACUUGAUAUAUGAAGAAAAGAAGAAAUUGAACCUGAUACCAAUUGCCAGUCCACGUAGCGCCAUCUCCAGUGAUGAUGUCAAAGUGAGUUACGAGGUUGACAACUAUUGCGGCUAGGUUUUCGUAUUUGCAUUGUAUUGAAUCCGUUGUUUAUAUACAACAAAGGCUGAAAUGCAGAAACAGCCAGAGUGUAAGUGGAGCAGUGAUGUAUUUGAUGUGUCAGCUUUCAUAAUUCGUCAGAGAAGUUUGAUUUAUGAAGAAAAGAAGAAAUUGUGGAUGGUAGAGAGUGAGAAUCGCACAGCGCUACAUAAUUGAAGAAUUCGCCACCCCUAAUCUUAAAGAUCCGUGGAACAGAGACUUGGCUUCAGGUGCAGUAACAUCUGUUCGAGAGAAAGUGAAAAUCUUCAACAGUCGAAGGUCCAACUUGCAAUACCAGUGUUAAGCAUAAAUUAAAAGCUAUUCUUUCAUUGUUCAUGGAUGCCGAAGUAAUAUAGUAAAAAAUAAAACACCAAGAAGAAUAAUUUAGAACAAAAAUCAAAUCAUUGCUGUCACAUUCAUUACUAAGCAGUCAGACCGUAAGAUGGUUCGCUACGGAGAAUAUUCACCCCUGAACCCAACUUGCAGAACAUCUAGCAAGCUGCUUCUGGGGAUUGGGGAGUAUGAUGAAAGGAAGCGCUUAUUAGAAGAAAAAAGGAAGCAGGAACAUAAACAGGUCCGCCCAGCUAGAAAAGAAUACUCCCAACCAUCCAGUAUGCAAAAUUAUAUUGCGCCUGCAGCCCCAAAAUUCUCUUCCUCUGUUGCUGAUAAAUCUGUCCAAGUUGAAUGUGAUGCUGCCAAUGAUCAGAAUAAACUUCGUCGUACAUAUGUUGAUCAGUGUGUACAGGUGACUGAACCACCAGCAGUGGAUAUUCGUGAUGAUCUAUUGAAGGAUGACUAUGGAAUUCCAUACAAAAGCAAUCAAAAAAGAAAAUACAUCAGUGGACUUCACGAUUUAGAAGUUGCUGCAGGUGAAAAUCUGAGCCUCAAUAUUGAAGACAGUACUGUAAAGAAUUCCAUUGAUUUUAGCAUGCUGAGCCCUAGAGAUAGGAGACUGAUGGAAUUUUGUGGCAGUGGCAGUUACAACCCAAGCUUUUAUGAGAAGUGGAAGUCUCCUACAAGAACUGUUGCUGAAAAGGAUGCUGGUUUAGCUGCAGAGCACAUAGAUGGCCAUAUGGCUACAGAACAACUAAGAAAGCGAACAUAUCAAGAGGAAUUAAGGAAACAAAUUGAAGAAAAGCGACAACUGGAAGCACAGCAAAGGGAAAAAGAAAGAAGAGAGGAGGAAAUUAUUCUGAAAAGAGUUGAACAGCAGCAACUUAGAAUGAAAUUAGAAUUUGAAAGAGAGCAAGCUCAACGCAGACACAAGGUAGAGAAGCGAAUGCAUCAGUUUGAGUCGUGUAAGUCCAGCAAUGAACAAGACGACUGUACACUGAAAAGUAGCAGAUCAAAUAAUGAGAACCAUGCUAAAUACGAAAGCUCUUUGCCCACAAAAAUUGAAAAAAUUAAACAUUUGCCUCAGGGAGUGACAGACAAUGCAGAUUUUUCGAAUGAAUAUGACAGCGCUUUUAACAUCAUCGUAGAUAAUAAUAAUGGCAACUAUUUAUCAGUUCUUGAAGUGUGUCAAACACAAGAUAUUUCAAAUAACACUGGAGAUGGAUCGAAGUAUAAAAAAUAUGAAAGACCUUGUUGGACUGAAAGAAACUGUGCUCCUGGUGCUACAGUCAGUGACAUAACACAUGUACCUGACAAUUUAGGCUGUAUCAAACAAAACUCAUCUCAGGAAUUAAGUACCGGCCCUUCAGAAACUAGUGUGGAGGAUUCUUGCCAAUUUUCAUUAGCAAAAUUGUCUUUCAAUCCGGAGAUUUCCUCACAUGUAAGAAAGGAUACAGAGACUGCACAAAGGAAACGUCCAGUACCAACUCCAAGAACUAAAUCACUCAGUAGCAGUUCCAGAACUGUCAGUAAUUCUGCACCCAAGUUACCUAGUGACCAGAGCCAAAUCCACUCUACAGCAGUUACGGCCGAUAAAGAAAAUCUUAAUGAUUCACUACCAAUUCCAAUACUAGAAGAGGCAAAUAGUUUUGGUUAUGAUAGCAGUGAAACUCCAGGUACUGAUAAGGUGAAGAAUGGGGCACUGUUGAGAACUGAAGCCAAAUGGAAGAUUCCUGCUGUUCAAAAGAACAUAAUACAGGCAGGAGACAGUUGUAAAGACAAAUACCAUGGCCGCAUUCUAACCCAACUAGGUGCUUUCAGGAAGCAGUUACAGUUAGACCAACUGAGAAUGGAAGAAAAGGUCAAGAUUGUGAGAACACAGCCUGAUGCUUAAAAGCAAAAUAAAUUUUUGUUUGUUAUGGAAUGCUUUAUUUAUCUUACACAAAAAAGUUUAAGACCAAAGAAAAAUCCUUUAGUAUGCACUAUAACUACCGAUUUAGAAUUUAAAUAUGCCUCCUAAUGUAAAUGCUUCUACUUCUUUAUGACUGACAGUUGUAAGAUUUUUCAAAAGGCAUAUUUAAAUAGGCCUACUAUUUUGUAUUUCUGGUUCCAUUCUUCCUAUUCCCAUCCUUAGUGAUAUGUUAUUUUAAAUGUGUUUAUGUGUGUUGUUAUAAAUGUAACUGUUAAUGCUGGUUGUUACGCUAAGGCUAUGAGAUAUAUAAUUACUUUGAUAUUAUGACUGUGGAAAUUCUGGUAUGAAAUGAUUGGGCUUGAUUCUUUAAGAUUAUGUGUGAAUGGAAACAGACACAUUGCAUGCAGGUACUUCACUAAUUGUAGUUGUAGAUAAGUAUAGUUCUUGCCUUCAUUGCUUAUGAAAACUAUUACAGUAGUCAACGUGGCAGUCAAUUUUUCUUUGUGUUAUUGCAGUCUUCACACUGUAUCUGCAUAUUCAUGUGAUAUUGUCUGCUGAUAGGUGUUCUAGACAACUUUUGCCUGAUAAGAAGUGGUAUUAUCUAAUAUUUCAUAAGAAGUUUUUUCUGUAUUUAUUCCUGUGAUCUCUGCUGAUUUUUGAAGAGACAUUUGGCAAUGUGUUGCAUCAAGAAAACUUUUUACUGAAAUUAGUGAAAACUGACAAGGGGCUAAUUAAGUGCAUAGAAUAGUUUUAAAGUGAAUCACCGUCAUUAACAGCAAGUAGUGAUGAUAAAAUUCGGAGUAUUAUACCUUGACCAUGACCAUUUAUCAGUUCAGCCAUACAACUGUGGCACAGGAAUAUUGAAGGAAAUCAGUCUUCUGCACUAUGUUUGUGAGCUCGUAGUACUGUCCCAACCUUUCAUUCAGGAUGUCUGCCUUUUCUGUGGAGGAUGUGAAGUGACAGAAAUCCUUUUUCCCGUAUUUCAAAGAAGCUGAAUGACAUGGUAUAGUGAUUCAUAUCUGUUAUUAGUGUUCCAGAUACAAAUGAUAUAAAUUUUCUGUCGUUUCCCCAGAUUGCAUAAAUAAAUGACAGCAUGGGUCCUUUGAAAAGGACAUGGCCAAUAUCCUUUCUUAAUAAGAGUUUCUGCUCCAUCUCUUCCUCUGUCUUCCUUUCCUUCAAAGAAAGACAAUUUGAUCCCUAAAUUCAAUGUAUCUGAGCUCUACAGUGACUCCUUAAUUUAAUUUGAGGUCCAGGAUUUUAAUUAUUUAUGUUGAAAUCAUUUAACAGUAUUAGAAAAGUCUCUCUGCAUUUGUGAAUGAUAUAAUGUAGAUUUGUAAUGUAAGUGAAACAUUUUGUGCUGAAAUUCAUUUAAGAGUCCAUUCUGUUAGAAACAUGUACAUAUUGCUGUAAACAUUUUCUGUCAAGUGUUUGGAAAAUUUAAAAAUAUGGACAUGCAGUAAAAUAAUAAAUAUGAAGCCACGUGUUAUUUCUGUUCAGGAUGUAAGGUGAUGGACAUUGUUUUGUCCGUGUUGUUCUCCUCAUAUCUAUGAAGUUACUUUGAGUAUGACAAUGUUGUGUCGUAUCUUCCAGUUUGCUACCAUUUCUCACAUUUCUGUUUCUGGUUUGUACCUUUGAAAAAACUUUGCUGGUGAACUGAGGUAUUAUGAUGUGAAAACGCACUGGUUUUUGAUACCUGUUUUCUUGAAAUAUUGGUGUACACCUACCACUUUGUUCCAUUUGUAAUAUUUUUUGUGCAUUGGAUUUACAACAGUCAUCUCAUAAAUAAUUGCAAGGCACUAUGUGUUCUUUGCCAAUUCCUUCAUAUUUUCAAACACUAGUGUUACAAUUUUAGUACAUAUGUGUAUUUGUGGAAAGCUGUGGUGCCCUUAGAA